ACGUGUUCAAAGGCUGAGGAGGGAACAACGGUUAGAAUUUUUUUUGUGAAAACCUCGGUUGGGGGCGCCAAAGCUUUGUGUAUGCGGAAAAAAAAAAAAAAUACCCAGACUAGCUAACUUAACCUGUGCUUUCAGCGCUGUAAUGCUAACGACCUCAGCGGCUCGGAAGAAGCAGGGAUGCGAUCAGGGAAGGUAACCAAAGCACUUUAACAGGGAGUCCGUCACCACAGAUGAGUAAGAUGAGGCACUUUGCUGAUGAAGGGCUCCACGGGCUCGGACAGAAACCAUCUAGCGCGCGUGAAGAGACUCGAGCUUUCUCAGACAUGAACGCUACCCCCAUGACUCUCAGUAUGAACCAAAGCGGUGUGGUGUGCCUGCCCUUGGUCUCUGAGAAUAGGAAGCUCGUAUGGGUGCACUCACACCAGAUCAACCUACAGGUGAACGGGGCAGCAGAGCUGGACGAGGCCUUUGACAGGUUCCCGUACCUAACGCAGCGACAGACCACCGAACUGGCAGAACGGUGCUCCCUGCACCCAGACCAGGUGAGGGCGUGGUUCAUGGUGCAGAGGCUCCGCUACGGCAUCAGCUGGGACUAUAAAGACAUCUAUGAGGUCCGAAGCAAGUUCAACUCAAGUCAGACAGUUGCUCCGGAAAAGAAAGAGCUUCAAAAUGAGUCAGAGGGAGAGGUAAUGGAGGAUGGAAGAGAGAAGAGAGAGAAACAGAAGAGAAGAGUCAGAGGGUUUGGUGGGAGUGCAAAGGAAAUGGGAGUGAGAGGAGAAAGUGUGAAGGUUAAUGAGCCAUUGGAGAGAGAAAUAAAGGAGAAGCAACCAGUGAAGGAGGACAAAAAAGAAGAAAAAAGCAAUAUGCGAAAGCGAAAAAGGACAACAGUGAAAGAAAAGAUGGGAAAGAAGAGAGUGAAGCAGGAUAAGGAGGAGAUGAUAGAGGGAGCUGGAAGAGUAGAAGCAAGGAUUGAGGAAGUUGAAAGCGAGGUCCAAAAGUGCACCAAGUCAGAGGAAAUGCCUUUCAGCAGAAAAAAAAGAAAUGCAGGAGUCAACAAAAGUUUAAAGUCCAUCCAGGAGGAGUGUGAUGCACCUCUGGCCCUCAGUUCCCUGCUGGACCUCCAGUCUGAAAGCCAAAUGUUCGGUGCAUCCCUAGUGCUGGACAUCGACCUGCUGCAGAGAGCCGGCGAUCCCUGCUCCACCGCAAACACAGAAUUUGUGGUCCAAAAAGAAAAAGAGGCUGGAGAUCUGCAUGCAGAGACAGAUCAGAGUGUUGCCAUCACCUACACUGACAAACCAAAGGAUCUCAUCCAGAUAAAAAACAGCCCCACCUCUGCGGAUGAUCCACCUGCCCCCGCCCAGUCGACACCUCCCAUUCGGCUGCGCUGCAAGACGCCAAAUCAGCUGGCGAUGUUGAAGAUGGCUUUCCUGCACUGCCAGUAUCCAGACAAGGAGCAGUACGGCCAGCUGGCUAGGCUGAUUGGCAUCUCCCGCUUGGCGCUAGUUCAGUGGUUCAGUGACAUGCGCUAUUUCAUCAAAAGAGGGAGGCCUCGCUGGAUGAACCAGGAGCAGCACAGUCAGGUACUGGCCAGCGUCAAGUAUCGGCAGUACAUGACUGCGAUGGUCAAAGUAAAUUCAGCUAAGAGCGUGAACUCUUGUGUGAUGAACCUCAAGGGAGAAGAAGCUACAGCGAGGAGGAAAAUGUGAAGAUCCCUCCAGAGUGAAAAUGACACAACAGCUCUUGCAGCUAAUAAGAAAACAAAGCCAGAUCAUCUUUUAUUUCUUCUGUUUCUCAGGCAGCUGUCAAGUUGAUUAGCAAGUUCCCAAGUUAGACCGGCCUCUUGUGACAUUUCAUAUUGUUUCCUUUUUUUAUUACUGCUAUUAGUUAUGUAGUAUGUGCAGUAUUUUCAAAAGAUCUACAUGCAGUUUUAGUCGUUUUAUGUUU